AUGUCUGCAACCACAUUCUUAGUGUUUGGAUUUUCUCUUCUGCUUUUGUUUCAUGGUGUUGUUUCAUUCAACUAUGGUUCAGCCCUUACCAAAUCUUUGUUGUACUUUGAAGCUCAAAGAUCAGGAAAGUUGCCACCUAAUCAACGUGUCAAGUGGCGAGGCCACUCAGGCCUAAAAGAUGGCAGGGGUGCUGGGAUUGAUCUAGUGGGAGGGUAUUAUGAUGCCGGCGACAAUGUGAAGUUUGGAUUUCCAAUGGCAUUUACAGUGACAAUGCUUGCAUGGAGUGUGGUGGAGUUUGGACCGGAACUCGCGGCCAAGAAGGAGCUCUCGCAUGCUCUUGAAGCCAUCAAGUGGGGAACAGACUACUUCAUCAAAGCUCACCCAAAGAAUAAUGUUCUUUAUGGUGAAGUCGGAGACGGUGAUUCCGACCAUGCGUGCUGGGAGAGGCCAGAGGAUAUGACGACUCCCCGGACUUCUUACAAGAUUGAUGCACAGCAUCCAGGAUCUGACCUUGCAGCGGAAACUGCAGCUGCUUUCGCUGCAUCAGCAAUAGCUUUUAGGAAAUCAAGCCCUCAAUAUUCUGCUCAGCUCAUCAUCCAUGCAAAUCAGCUUUUCCAAUUCGCUAAAACUAAUCAAGGCCUGUACCAGAACAGCAUUCCAGUGGCUGGAAAAUUCUACUCCAGUAGUGGAUACCAGGAUGAAUUGAUAUGGGCAGCUGCAUGGUUGCACAUUGCCACUGGACAACAAAGUUACAUUGAUUACAUCAUUAAAUCCGGGAAUUCAGGUGGCACCAGAUCCAUGUUCUCUUGGGACGACAAGUACGUUGGUGCCCAAGUCCUCAUUGCAAAGCUUCUUCUGGAGGGAAAGUUAAAAGGGAAUCAGAAAGUUUGGGCGGCUUAUAAGAACCAGGCUGAGCAAUUCAUUUGUAACUGCAUCCAGAAAGGAAGCAGCAAUGUGAAAAAGACUCGGGCAGGGUUAUUGUGGUGGAGCCCAUGGGAUAAUCUACAAUACACCACGAGUGCGUUAUUUGUCACAACCGCCUAUUCCAAGUACUUAACCACUGCAAGAUCUAAACUUCAUUGCCAAGGUGGUAUUGUCACACCUCAAGGUCUACUAUUUUUUGUUCGAUCACAGGUGGAUUAUAUACUGGGUUCCAACCCGAGAAGAAUGAGUUACAUGGUAGGGUUCGGGUCAAACUAUCCGAAGCAGAUCCAUCACAGAGGAUCAUCGAUUGUGUCCAUAAAGAGGGAUAAAAAGCCAGUAACAUGCAAAGGAGGGUUCCAAGAUUGGUUUAACAAAAACGCACCAAACCCAAAUGUGCUAGAGGGUGCAAUAGUUGGUGGUCCGGAUCAAGGUGACAACUAUUCGGACUCUCGACAAAACUUCCAGCAAUCAGAACCCGCAACCGCUAAUAGUGCACCGUUAGUCGGAGUUUUGGCCCGACUUGCCUAG